AUGGCUGGAGGACUUGGUUCAGAAUCAGAGAGGGAGAAAGGGCGUAGAGUGAAAACGAAACUGUACACCAUCUCUCAACACGCUGUUUACCAUCGCCCCAUUAGCACUAUUCAUGCAGCACAGGUUCCUGAAGAAUUAGAUGAGACAGAGGGCUAUUCUAGCUACAAUUUUGGUAUAAAAGGGUGUCAAAGAGGUCAUAUAGAUGAGUUGAAUUAA